AUGGAUAAUAGUUCACUUCAUUGGUGGUUGUACUGGCCAUGCGUAUACUCAUCUGUUACAGCUACCAUCAUCUCUCUUUAUACCAUAGUUAGGCAUUUAUUAAACUAUCGUAAACCGUACGAACAAAGGCUAUCAAUACGUAUACUGCUCCUCGUGCCUAUAUUUAGUGUUUCGUGCGCAAGUGGUAUAAUUAAACCUGAAAUUGCUCAAUUUUAUGUGGACCCCAUUAGAGAAUUUUAUGAAGCUUUCGUUAUCUACACUUUUUUUACCUUUUUAACUCUGCUAUUAGGAGGCGAGAGAAAUAUAAUAACAGUUUUAAGCUUAAAUCACACCCCCACAAACCAUCCAAUACCAGUGGUAGGUAGAAUCUGCAAACCAAUAGACUUAUCUGAUCCAUUUGAUUUUCUUUUUGUCAAAAAAGGUGUACUACAGUACGUCUGGUUCAAACCUUUUUAUUGCUUUGGCACAUUAAUAUACACUGCAUGGAACCUGCCCAAAUUUGAAAUAUUUUUGAAUGUUCUUUAUAAUAUUUCGGUGACAUGGUCACUGUACAGUUUAGCACUAUUUUGGAAAUGUCUUUAUCCGGAGUUAGCACCUCAUAAGCCAUGGGUGAAAUUUUUAUGUGUUAAGUUGAUUAUUUUUGCCUCUUAUUGGCAAAGUAUCAUAAUACAAGGUCUAGUCAUUACUGGCAAGUUAGGUGCGGGAAACCAGGAUAGAACAUCUGGGUAUAUAUAUAAAAACGGACUUCUGUGCAUAGAGAUGGUCCCGUUUGCCAUCUUACAUGCAAUAGCUUUCCCCUGGAAUAAAUAUACUGCAAUUAGCAUACCUUAUGGAGCCAGAAUGAGAUUCAUUUAUGCAUUAAGGGAUUUUCUCGGUUGCGGUGAUUUGAUAUGGGAUUUCAAGCAAACACUGUUUAUUGGACCCUUGUACUAUAAUUAUAGGAAUUUCGAUCCCGAGGCCAUGGACCUAUUAAAUACUAGAAAGCAAUCUAGUGCAACUAUGGAAAGACUAAAACAUGGCUUAAGAUUUACCAAUAAUGGACGCAACAGUUAUUGGGUUGAAUAUGGGAGUACACAAAAUAAGAAUGUUUCGAAUUCACUGGAGGAAUCAUGGGAAGAUAUUGCUGGUCAGAGAGCUUUCCCUGAGGAUCCAAAUUAUCCAAUAAUCCACGAUUACACUAUGGGCCAUCGAUAUAGUAAAACAAUGAAUGAUUUAAGAAGAGAUCUUCAAAGUAGAUCGUCAAUGACUUGUUAA